AGUGCUCCGAUGUUUUUGCAGCUCUAAUACGUUCUGCGUUCUUGACUGAUUUCAGCUUUUCUGCGAAACAUCUGAUUAAUUUUUCACGCCUGAAAGUUUUCCAAGUUGUCGGCGUGGGUGUAAGGAGCUCAUGUAUGGGUUCAGUAAUUUCUGCUUUACUUAAGAAACCGAUAGUAAACGUCAAUAUGAGUAAUUCUCAGGCAGAUAUGGUGCGCGAAGUAAUUGCAAAUAAUAAGGUAGUCAUUUUUUCUAAAAGCUACUGCCCUUUCUGCACCAUGGCCAAGGAGCAAUUUCGCAAACUUGCUGUUCCUGCAUAUGUUGUUGAACUUGAUAGUCGCACUGAUGCUGAAGAAAUCCAAAACAUCCUCGGUGAGAUAACAGGCGGUAGAACGGAAACGCAACUACAUCAGGAUUUUUGGGACUAAUUCGGAAUUUUUGGGACUAUUUCGAUGUUUUCGGCGUUCUCGGGUAUAUAUCGGGAUUUUUGGUACUAAUUCCGUAUUGUUGGGACUAUUUCGGAUUUUUUGAGACUUCCUCGAGAUUUUCUCAAGGGGAUUCUCGGGAUUUUUGGACUAUUUCGGGAUAUCCGAGGAUUCUUCGGGAUUUUCUGGACUAUUUCGGGUUUUUCGACACAACUUCGGUAUUUUCAGGGCUCAGGCUCAUAUCGGGAUCUACGGGACUAUUUCAGGAUUUUUGGGACCAAUUCGGAUUUUUUGGUACUAUUUCGGGUUUUUCGAGACUACUU